GGUAUCUCUUUUUUUUUUUUCCAUAACCAACACACACAAAAAAAAAUGUCUAACGAUAUGAUUCACAUUGUCCUUUUCAAGUUUGAUCUUGAAAAGCUUGCCGCCGAGUUUCCAGGCGAUGAUUUGCAGAAUACUGUGCGGAAUCUCGAAAAAGUCGUUCCUGGGCUUUUUAGUAUAACAUUAACCCCCAGGCCAUCACAACAAAAUGGAAAUGCUUUAAACGACGGUGGAUACAACUACAUAUUGGUUUCAAAGCAUCUCGAUGCGGAUGCCUUAAAGGUAUAUAUUGAUCAUUCCUACCACAAAGCCUUACUAGUUCGCAUAAAGAAGUGCUACCUUGCACCACCUAUGUGUGUGAACAUCAACAUCUCUGCCAAACUUUAACGAUAUAAUGCGGGUUAUUUAUUUAUUGGAAAUAUUUUACCUAUUUUGUUGGUAGUAUUUUCCUUAUUUUCUCUAGAUGUGGAAAGACUUCUUGGCGGUUUCAAAAGUUCAUGCUUCCUCUUUAAUUAAUCGUAGUUCAUAAACUUUCUAUCGUGGGCUUAAUAUUUGUCAAGCUCAUGAUAGGUAGGAAGAACAAU